AUGGCCUCGUUUUGGCCAACCACCUUCCCGCUUCUACUCUACUUGAUCAGUAACAUUGGGCUACCUCUUACCCAAGCUCAUCCAAGUCGAUCUUCUAAAGAAAAUUUUAUCAGUGUCAAGAAUGGAACGUUUUACAAAGAUUGCGAGCCCACCUAUCUGGUCUCCAUGAACUAUUGGUCUGCGAUGAAUUUGGCCGCGAGUGAUGUGGCAGGUGGCAACUUGAGCAGGUUUCAAACCGAAGUCAAACAAAUGGCCGAUCGAGGUGUUAACAAUGUCCGAAUCAUGGCUGCAUCAGAGGCUUCCGGACGUGGUAUUCAACCCUUUAGAAUGUAUCCUGCUCUCCAAGAAUCACCCGGCGUUUACAACGAGGAGAUUUUUGUCGGACUCGAUCGUGCCUUGGUCGAAUUUGCUAAACAUGACAUAAGCGUCAUCAUGACUCUUCAUAACUUCUGGCAAUGGUCUGGAGGCUACUCUCAAUACGUGAGUUGGGCCACCUCAGAUUCAGAAAUCCCGUAUCCGCCUUCGUGGGACCCAGCCCUCAACCCGCCUUACGGGGACUACACCACGAAUGGCACAUACGACGAAUUUACGCAGUUUAGCGCAAGGUUCUACAACGACACUUCGAUUACCAACACUACCCAAACUUGGUUCCGUAAUCACAUAUUCAAAGUCAUCAAUCGAGUCAAUACUAUCACCGGAGUGGCUUACAAGGAUGAUCCAACCAUCAUGACAUGGGAGCUUACCAACGAACCUCAAGAGCCACCUCUGACUAAUCAUUGUGAGCAUGCGUUUAGGGUGGUGGAUUCGGCCAAGUAUAUUAAAUCCUUGGCUCCACAUCAACUCGUUACUGUCGGUUUUGAAGGUAAAAAUGGCGAAUGGUGGUUCAAACGAGUCCAUGCUCCUGACGUGAUCGACUAUGCUUGCGGACAUCUCUGGGUACAGAACUGGGGUUACUAUGAUCCUUUGGAUCCCACUGACGGUAACUUAACUCUUGCUGAGAGUUUUGCAACUGGGUUCCUUCGAAAUCUGAGUCAAUGGAGUUUGGAUCUCAAGAAGCCGGUCAUUCUCGAAGAAUUCGGAAUGGCAAGAGACAAUUGGGAGAAUGUAGCAAAAGGAGCACCCACUCAAUAUUAUCUCUACAGUGCGGAGGCCAACACGACUCAUAAGGAUCGCUAUUUCAAGUUUGUGAUCUCGAGUGUAGUAGAUUACUACAAGAAGGGCUUGGGGUGGCAUGGUACUGGGCCAUGGGCAUAUGGUGGGAUCUGGAGACCAACAGACGCUAAAAACAAAUUUAACAUGUCUUGGGCAGGGGACCCACCUCACGAGGCUGAUGGAUGGUAUGAUCUCUACGAUACCGAUAAUGCGAUGCAAAUUGUUCAAAAUCAAGCAGAUGAAGUCCAAGAAUUUCUCGAUUCGAUCAAGACUUCUAACUCUUCAUCUUGUUCUCCCAAGUUAACCAGCCAGGCCAACUCUGGGUAA